AUGAAACAGUUAAGACCAAAAUUGAAUUUCAUUGAUUUUUUCAGGCCAAAGACAGCCUUGGUGCUUCCUAGAGUCAAACCGAACAUCUUAUUCAAGAGACCUCGCUAUUUUGUAUAUGGCUUUGGAGUAGCUUCAUUAUGAAUAGCUGCUCAACAGUCGUCAAUAUUAAUGAGCUUGAGGGACUUAGUAUUUCAAAAGUAUUGGCUAGCUAGAACCUCACUGAAUGGCGGAAAGAUUAAAUAAAGUUUGAGAACAUAUCUUAUAUUAUAUCAGAGCUGUUUCAAGGCUGAUGCCUGACUUCUAUCUAACUCAAUGCGAACCAGAGACUGAAUCAGGUCAAAAAGGCACUAAAACCCACUCCCCAUUAAAAGAUUCUGGAUCUCCAAGGACCCCUGCACAUAAGAAGAAUGUGUGGAGAUACCUUGAAUACUUUCUGAAAUACUGAAUCCUACUGCCACUUUCUCCUUUACUUAUAAGUUUCCUAGUUGCUUCUAUCACGCAUGGAUGUCUGUUUGCAUGGCUGAUGGUUGUAGUGAUGCUAUUCACCACUCCCAUCAUCUUGGUAGUCUUUUUACUUGAAGUGGUCGGAAUCAGAUAUUUUAUACACUAUUCAAAGGAAUAUUCUCGCAAUGGUGAGCCAGAAGGUGAUCAAGAGACUCCUUGUUUGAACUAGAGCAAGGGUAUGUAGCCAGUCAGUAAUUUUAGAUGGAGAUAUUAGUACUGUUUGAUAUUCUUUCAAUAU